CGUCCGCGUGUGAAGCCGCGCCGCGCGCUUCUGCGUAGCCGAGCCGCGUCUCCCUCCUGUUGCAAGCCGAGCCGCACGCGUAAUCCCUGUGCCGAGCCGAGCCGCGCCUGCGCCAAGCCGAGCCGGUCCCUGUCCUCUUCCAGCCGAGCCGCCAGGACUAAUUUGACUCCUUCCACCUAAUUUUUGGGACGUCUUGGACCAAGUAACUGCUGCAGCGGGGGAUUUCUUCAGUAGGGGCUUGAGCACUGCAAUCUCCUUCUAGGUUAGGACCUCGUCGCUUGGAAAGCGUACUGCCUCGCGGUUAGGACUCGUCAAGUAAAUCUCCAGGUAGAGGACGGGGCAAGGGCAAGGGCAAGCUGGCGAGCGACCCGAAGUGAGACCGUGGAGGGCCAUAGGGACUACCGCUUCCGCUUAUUCUUAUUUCAGAUUUUCGCAUUUGAACUUGAGUACUUUUCAUCACUUACCAUCUUUUAUGUAGAUAGGGCCCGAGUAGGAUUUCAGAACGCUUUUACAUUUUUGCAUGACUACCUUGUUUAAAUUUUAUAAAUAAAAUUUCUUAAACCGUAUGCGUUUUGAAAUUUUUUUUAUGACUUAAACCACUUGUUCUAUAUUUGGUAAUGACUUCGAUUCAGUAUAAGGAGUUGGGUCGUUACAGUUGGUAUCAGAGCACAGUGUUUUAGGUUCUGUAGACUGACCUACGAUGUAAGUCAUUUUUUUUUUGUUUUGGUUUUACUUCACCCUAUGGCUAUACGGUCCUUCGGCACUCGCCAGGUAUGUCUAAAGCCUUGCUAAUGUUAAGAUUACAAUUUUGCCUGAAUAGUCUAAGACCUAGAUAUAGGGUGUUAAGUUCUUGUGGUGAAAAGUUUGUUGGUGAAUUUUAGGGAGAAUGCCGCCACGUAGGGGUGCACGCCGAGGAGGUGGUAGGGGAGGCAGAGGAGUCGGUCGUGGCCAGCCGGAGGCGCCACCUGUUGCACCGGCAGUCGACCCAAACGCACCGGUCACCCAGGCGGAUCUCGCCGCGAUGGAGCAGCGUUAUCAGGACAUGCUGCAAGCUGCUUUGGCGCCUUUCCUUGCCGCCCAGCAGAACUAGGCCGCCCCUGCUCAGGCCCAGGCCGCCCCUGCUCAGGCUCAGGCCGUCGCUCCUCCAGCCCCUGAGGAAGCUCAACCAGUACCAGUUCAACUGUCGGCCGAGGCGAAACACUUACGGGAUUUCAGGAAGUAUAAUCCCAAGACCUUUGACGGAUCCAUGGACAACCCCACAAAGGCCCAAAUGUGGUUGACGUCCAUAGAGACUAUUUUCCGGUACAUGAAGUGCCCAGAAGACCAGAAGGUGCAGUGUGCAGUCUUCUUCUUGGAGGACAGGGGCACCGCCUGGUGGGAGACCGCUGAGAGAAUGCUGGGGGGCGAUGUCAGCAAAAUAACUUGGGAGCAGUUCAAGGAGAACUUCUAUGCUAAGUUCUUCUCUGCCAAUGUGAAGCACGCCAAGCUGCAAGAGUUCCUAAACUUGGAGCAAGGCGACAUGACGGUGGAGCAGUACGACGCUGAGUUCGAUAUGCUGUCCCGCUUUGCUCCCGAUAUGGUAAGGGAUGAGGCUGCCAGGACGGAGAAAUUCGUUAGAGGACUCAGGCUAGACCUUCAGGGCAUUGUCAGAGCCCUCCGCCCAGCCACGCAUGCUGAUGCACUACGUAUAGCACUGGAUUUGAGCCUGCCUGAGAGAGCCGAUCCGUCUAAGGCUGCCGGCAGAGGGUCAGCCUUGGGACAGAAGAGAAAGGUUGAGACGCAGCCUGACGUAGCACCGCAGCGAACACUGAGGUCAGGAGGUGUCUUCCAGAGACACCGACGGGAGCUUGCAGCAGCCGGGAGGACUCUGAGAGAGCUACCCGCUUGUACUACCUGCGGGAGAGUCCACGGAGGUCGUUGCUUAGCUGGAAGUGGAGUCUGCUUCAGAUGUAGACAACCGGGGCACACUGCUGAUGUGUGUCCUCGGAAACCCUUUGAGACGACACCGCCCCAGCCUUCUGCGUCCCAGCAGGGGAGAGUUUUCGCCACCACCCGGCAGGAGGCCGAGCGAGCUGGCACAGUGGUGACAGGUAGAGGACGGGGCAAGGGCAAGGGCAAGCUGGCGAGCGACCCGAAGUGAGACCGUGGAGGGCCAUAGGGACUACCGCUUCCGCUUAUUCUUAUUUCAGAUUUUCGCAUUUGAACUUGAGUACUUUUCAUC